AUGUCCCAAAACCGUCUCCCAGGCUCCACCCGCGGCGGCGCCAGCGCCCAACCCACGCCCGCCAACAACUCCGGCGGAGGCAGCGGCUGGGGCGACGAGGGCUAUCCCAAGGGAGGAGGCCUAGGAACUGCGAACCAGACAUCAUCGGACGAGGUUUCUCCCGACAUCCUCACGACGCCCGCACUCCAAGGCAUCUCGCAGCAAAAGCAAGCCGCAGAGCAAAAGUUCAUGAGUCGGUGGGAUGAAGGACACGAUGAGCGGGAGGGAACAUGUGCUACGGAAGAUCAUAGUUUCAUGGGAACGAAGCCCGGUGGGUCGGAUGCGUUGCCGGGUUGGAAUGUGUUGAAGGAUAAGUUGGGAUUUCUUUAUCCGGAGUAA